GCAGGCCGGCAAGGCCUCCUCGUCGUGCGAGAGGGGAGGGCUCCGAGGAGGUCUUCCCCAGGGCCGCCCUCCUCCCUCUCAGCAUCCCUCCGCCGCGAGCGCCGAGGCUGGCUCUGCUGCUCCGCGCGUCCCAGCAGCACAAGAUGCGGGCUCGCUGCGCCCUGGCUCCCCUCCUCCUCCUGCUGCUGCAGCUGCUGCUGCUCUCCCUGGCCGCCUGGGGGGGCCCAGGGGCAGCCCGCACGGUGACCCCGCGCCCGGCGUCGCCGGAGAAGCCUGGCGCCAGCGCCACUGCCAGCCCGCCGGCGACACCCCGCGCCACUGCUGCUGCUGCGGCGGGGACCCCUGCGACCACGCCGGCCCGCCGCCUGCGGACGACGCCCCCGCCUGGCAAAGAGGACCUGGCGGCCACCACCCUCCCUGCGAGCGAAGCCAGCCCAGUGCCGGAGAAGACAGCAGCCAGGAAAAAAUCUGUCCGCCUUAAAGUGAUCAAGAAAAAGGUCUUGAAGAAGAAAGCAAAGCCCUCCGUCCAAGAGAGAACGGCCACCAAGGAGUCACAAUGCCCCCCGCUGGGACUGGAGUCUCUCAGAGUUCGGGACUCGCAGCUGCGGGCCUCCAGCAUCAAGCGCUACGGCCUCGGAGCCCACCGGGGGCGCCUCAAUAUACAGUCUGGUAUCCAUGACGGGGAUUUCUAUGACGGUGGCUGGUGUGCUGGGCAGGAGGACAAGGACCAGUGGCUGGAGAUGGAUGCCAGGCGGCCGACACGCUUCACCGGGGUCAUCACGCAAGGGCUGAACUCCAUCUGGACCUACGACUGGGUGACCUCAUAUAAAAUCCAGUUCAGCAACGACACUCAUACGUGGCAACCCUGCAAGAACGGGAGCGAGGAGGUGAUAUUCCCUGGCAACAAAGACCCAGAGACACCGGUCCUCAGCCUGCUCCCUGUCCCAGUGGUGGCUCGUUACAUCCGCAUCAAUCCUCAGACCUGGUUCGAGAAUGGGACCAACUGCCUGAGGAUGGAAGUCCUGGGCUGCAUCUUGCCAGACCCCAACAACAUCUACUUCUGGGACCACGCCCCGGUGACCAGCGAUAAACUGGAUUUCAGACACCACAAUUAUAAAGACAUGAGAAAGCUGAUGAAGAAAGUGAAUGACGCCUGCCCCAACAUCACCCGAGUAUACAGCAUCGGGAAGAGCUAUCGGGGCCUGAAGAUGUACGUCAUGGAGAUUUCGGACAACCCUGGGCAGCACGAAGCAGGGGAGCCGGAGUUCCGCUACGUGGCCGGCAUGCACGGGAACGAGGCCCUGGGCCGAGAGCUGCUGCUCAACCUGAUGGAGUACCUGUGCCACGAGUACCAGCAGGGCAACCCUCGGGUCCUCCGGCUGGUCACCGAGACCCGCAUCCACCUCUUGCCCUCUAUGAACCCGGACGGCUACGAGACGGCCUACAAGCUGGGCUCGGAGCUGUCCGGCUGGGCUAUGGGCCGCUGGACGUACGAAGGCAUCGACCUCAACCACAACUUUGCCGACCUCAACACGGCCCUGUGGGAUGCGGAGGACAACGAGAUGGUGCCCCAUCAGUUCCCCAACCACUACAUCCCCAUCCCAGAGUACUACACCUUUGCCAAUGCCACGGUCGCCCCGGAAACCCGGGCGGUCAUCAACUGGAUGCAACGCUACCCGUUUGUGCUGAGCGCCAACCUGCACGGAGGGGAGCUGGUGGUGACCUACCCCUUUGACAUGACCCGCACCUACUGGAAAGCCCAGGAACUCACGCCCACAGCCGACGACAACGUCUUCCGGUGGCUUGCGACCGUCUACGCCACCUCCAACCUCGCCAUGGUGGAAGACGACCGCCGCCUCUGCCACUACGACGACUUCAUGAAGGAGGGCAACAUCAUCAACGGAGCCAACUGGCACACCGUGCCCGGAAGUAUGAACGACUUCAGUUACCUUCACACAAACUGCUUUGAAAUCACAGUUGAGUUGUCCUGCGACAAGUUUCCCCACGAGUCUGAACUGCCUCGCGAAUGGGAGAACAACAAAGAAUCCUUGCUGGUCUACAUGGAACAGAUCCGGAGGGGCAUUAAAGGCAUUGUCCGAGACAAAGACACAGAAGCCGGCAUUGCAGACGCCAUCAUUGCCGUGGAUGGCAUCAACCAUGACAUCAGGACAGCUUUUGACGGGGAUUACUGGCGCCUGCUAAACCCUGGGGAGUACGAGGUCACCGCUUCAGCCGAGGGCUACCACCCCGUCACCCGGAGCUGCCGGGUCUCUUACGAGGACAACCCCACCAUCUGCGACUUCCGCCUGACCAAGACGCCCAAACAACGGCUGAGGGAGAUCCUGGCCACAGGCGGGAAGAUCCCAAAGGACCUUGUCUUGCGCCUUCGCCAGCUGCGGCUGAAGAAACUGCGCUCUCAGAGGCGGGCCCAGUGAGUGGGGGGGCAGUGAACCGUCUCCAGACUGCCCCUGCACACGGAAAGCGCUGUGGGGCCCCUGCUCUCUCCUCCCUGUCUUUGCCGCUUCCUUCCUGAGCCCCAGGGCUUUUCCCUGUCUUGGUCCUGAUGGGUGCCAUUGGCACAGAGCCCAGUGGUGGUUCCCAGGCUUUAGGGGAGAGAAUAUAUAGUUGUAUAUCAGUCCCAAUAUAUCAGUCCAGAGAGGUGGCUCCAAAACAUCCAGGUCAACUUAUUUUUAUACUUUGCCAGCUUGGCUGGUGUGGCAGUUGACACCCACAAAGUCUCUGAACGCGUCGUGAAAGUGUGCACAUGCGAGGAAGCCCUGCUUUAAGGUGUGCAUUCCUUUCUAGGAAUCCAGAAACAGCGCUGGAGUCCUAGAAAGAGGCCUAAGCCUACUUCUAAAUUCACCCCUGGAAUUGUGGGAACUGGCUGUGGUUACUCAGGGGCUAAUGCAAAACACUGUGCUUGUGCACAGAGAAACUCUUUUCUUUAUUAUAGCUUCACACAUUCCAGGGUGGAGCCCUGGCCUUGCAAACAGAAGUCAGGAUCCAUCCUGGUUGAAAAGAGUGCUGUCUGUUCACAUUACGGUGCCUUGCUCAUUAGUACUGGGCAGUACUGAGUGCAUGCAUUGCAUUCCCAGUGGAGUUGCCUGCGUGUAGAUUUCCACUAUUUUACCAGGAGUGGAUGUCAGGUUCAGGCAAAGUAGGCGGGCAGGGCAGCAGGAUCUGGUUGUCAGGGGGGCACCUGUGCCUUUAAAAGUUGUGCAGAAGGGGAAGUGCCCUUGGGUGUGACUUCUCUCUUCAUUGCCCACUGUGCAGGGAAAAGCGGCACCUGGCAAUAAUGCUCAGUUUUAUGCAACAAUUAAAGGUUGCCAGUCCCUCUCAAGGGAUGAUGAUGAUGAUGAUGAUGAUGAUGAUGAUGAUCUGGCAGGGGAGAUGACGUUCUGCAGGUGGUUGCCUUCACCAAAUCCCCCCUCUGCAACCCUGGGCUAAUGUCCCAGUUGUUCCUUAGACAACAGAGUUUUCUCAGCCUGUCCAUGGCUUCUGACCUCAGUACAGGCCUUCAUCCCAAGAGUACGUCUGCCUAUCAGAUUCGCACACAUAGCCCUGGAUUUCCUUCACCUCCUUCGGGGAUUCUCGAAUGCAAAUCCACAGACAUUGUUGGGCUACAACUCCCAUCAUCCCCCUAGACACAAUGGUCAAAGGCUGGAUGGUGGGAGUUGCUCCAACAUCCAGGGACCCAAGGCUGAGUCCUUCAACACAAUUGAUAAGGAUAAGGCCCGCCAGAAGCCCAGGCCUUGCCACCUCCAUGGCUUCCUUCCCACCUCUGGGAAACUCUUUUUGGAACACUGAGCCCACUAAGACAAGGAUUCUCCAAGUUGGGUCCGCAGGUGGCAUUGGACUACA